UUGCAUGUUUUCAACGUAAAUGAGAGAAUAUGGGAAAUGUGACAUCGAAUGUGGCUGCAAAGUUUGCGUUUUUUCCUCCUGACCCCCCAACGUAUGAUGUGUUUAGAGAAGAAGAUGGGAGGCUUGUGUUCUCCGGAGUCACGGCUGAUAAGAACAUGGACGUUCAUGUUUUGGAAACAAAAGGUGGCAACAAAAUCGUGGCAACGUUUUGGAAACACCCUUUUGCAAGAUUUACUAUUUUGUAUUCUCAUGGAAAUGCUGCGGAUUUGGGGCAGAUGCAGGAGCUCUUCAUUGAGCUUAGAGCUCACCUCAGAGUCAAUAUUAUGAGUUAUGAUUAUUCCGGAUAUGGAGCAUCCACUGGCAAGCCUUCCGAGUUCAACACAUAUCAGGACAUAGAGGCUGUGUACAAUUGUUUGAAAAGGGAGUAUAAUGUUAAGCAGGAGGAUCUGAUUUUGUAUGGUCAAUCUGUCGGAAGUGGACCUACGCUGCAUUUGGCUUCUCGCUUACAGAAGUUAAGAGGUGUUGUUCUUCAUAGUGCCAUCCUUUCAGGCAUUCGCGUCUUGUAUCCUGUCAAGAUGACAUUUUGGUUUGAUAUUUUUAAAAAUAUAGACAAAAUCCGACAUGUCAACUGCACGGUUCUAGUUAUACAUGGAACGAACGAUGACAUUGUUGAUUUGUCCCAUGGGAAGCGCUUAUGGGAACUAGCUAAGGAAAAAUAUGACCCUCUAUGGGUCAAAGGUGGGGGUCACUGCAACCUUGAAACUUACCCGGAGUACAUUAAACACUUGAGAAAAUUUAUGAAUGCUAUGGAGAAAAUCUCUCUCACAAAACCGUCCAAUAAACAACUCACUCCUAAUCCAAGCAUUACAGAAGGUAGACAUAACAAGUGCUUGAGAUUCGGGAAAAGAUAGUCGGAUGAGAAGUAGUGAAUCAAGACAGGUAGCUUCUUCGCAAGGUCAGCACAUCUCCAAGAAUAGGCUUUGCUUGCUUUAUGGACUUGGUGAUUGUUAGCCAAAAGCUUUUUAGGUUUGGUAUGUUUCUCAAAAAGGAACAACGGAUAGGGAAUUCGUAUAAACCUGUUUUUGAUCCAGAUUUCGCCAGGCUACAAUUUUUGAGGUAGGGAGUUCCUGCACUUAAUCUUUACGAUUCUUGUCAUGCGUGGUCUAUUAGAGAAUUCAUCAGAAUGUGUGCUUUUUGAUCUGGAUUUCGUUUACAAUUUAGCAAAGUUGGUUUAUGCAAAAACCAUUGUCAUUGUUGAAAAAGAAAAAAAAGAAUACAUCAGUUACAUUAGUAUGUUUCGCCAUUGAUCGAUUAAUUUACCUUUUUCCAGUUUGCUUUCUUGUGCUAGAUCUUUAGUUGUUGUGACAGUGAUUUAUCAAUGGCUAUGUAAAUAUCAUGUUAUUCUGAGCUUGUUAGUAUGUUUUCUAUGCUCCUUUCGCGAAUUCGUGACAUGUUUUAGACUUUGUAGCAUUCAAGAAUGAAGAAUGGCUGCGAAUGCAUGCACCUGCUGUUGCCAUUGCUGCAUAAUUAGCAGUUGUAAUCUUGCAGAUGUGUAGGGAACUUCAUGGAAUGUGAAUCCCUUUAAAGAAGUAUAUAAUAGUAAAAUUUUGUGAGUGAUGAUGGAUCAAUCUACAAGGUUUAUGUUUUUUGUAUUUCAAGUUCAAAAAGUUGGUUGCCGAAGUGUUUUUGCUUAUUUUAUGGUGUGUAAAUCGGAAAAAUUAAGGUAAAACGGACAUAUC